GCCCUGAGCCUUGCGAUGGCCCCGACAGGAGCGCAGCCCAUGCUCGCCGCCGAAGGAACCACCUCCGCUCCUCCUGCCCCGGGACGCAACGCCAACCCAGGGCGAUUCCUGCCGCCUCGGGGCGGCUCCGAGCCUAGCACCGCCCUCGUUCCUCCUCGCGUCCCCUGCCCGCCGCCUGGCCCCGCCUGCUGCGCCGCGCUCAAGAUGGCCGCUGCGCUGAGGGGGCUGCUGCGCCGCGCGGUGCCCGCCGCCGGGAGGACGCUGACGGUGCAGCCGCUGCUGUGCGCCCGCCGCCGGCUCACGCUGGGCGCCUCGCGGCUCGCCCCGGCCGUCACGCAGCACGCCCCGUUUUUUAAAGGCACGGCCGUGGUCAAUGGGGAGUUCAAGGAGCUGACCCUGGAUGACUUCAAGGGGAAAUACCUCGUGCUCUUCUUCUACCCUCUGGAUUUCACUUUUGUGUGCCCCACAGAAAUUGUGGCUUUUAGUAACAAAGCGAAUGAAUUCCACGAUGUGAACUGUGAAGUGGUGGCAGUCUCUGUGGACUCUCACUUCUGCCACCUGGCCUGGAUAAAUACACCGCGCAAGAGUGGCGGUUUGGGCAAAAUGAAUAUUCCAGUUCUGUCAGACCUCACGAAACAAAUCUCCCGUGAUUAUGGUGUUCUGCUAGAAGGACCUGGCAUUGCACUAAGAGGUCUGUUCAUCAUUGAUCCAAACGGGGUCAUCAAGCAUCUAAGUGUCAAUGAUCUCCCCGUCGGUCGCAGUGUGGAAGAGACCCUUCGCUUGGUGAAAGCAUUCCAGUAUGUGGAAACACAUGGAGAGGUUUGCCCAGCAAACUGGACUCCAGAUUCCCCUACAAUCAAACCAAGCCCAGAGGCUUCUAAAGAAUAUUUCGAGAAAGUGCAUACAUAAACACUUAAAAAUGCAGAUGAAACUUAGUUGCUGUACCUGAAGACAUUAAGCAAGUGGCUGUGAUUAUGGAAGAAAUAAAAGUUCUCAUUUUCCCAUGUUUUAGAAUGAUAAUAAUUAAAUGCUGAAGUACUUAUUGACUCCCUUGCCUUUUUUAAAAAAGAACAUAAGGUAAAAAUAAAGUUUUUUCCCCCUUUGGCAACUUAGGUUUUAUGAAUUUCUGUAAGCAGAAUGUGACAAGUGGAUGAAAUACAGUUGCCUUCUGCUUCCUUCUUUUAGUUUGUUUUCCCUCUUUCCUUAACUGGCUUUGGACCAGCAAGCUUCCCAGUUAGCUUUUCUCAUGACAAGUGCAUUUCUGUUACAAGAGCUUGAAAACAGGCCAAUGGACAAAACAGAAAACAGUUUUGAUGCAGAGUUCUCUUUUUAAGGAUUAUUUUCAGGGGACGGAAUGAAUGUAACACAAAAAAGUUUCUGUCUGCAGUGCAAGAUCAAUGUUAUAUACAAUUUAAAUCUUGCCUGUGGUCAAAAUGCAGUGUAGCUACACAGGAGCAUUAACAAGCAUUACAAGCUUGCAUUUUGUUCGGGAGAUGCUUAAAAAUUUGCGCCCCAAUACUGUGCUUAGUGGAGCUUGAUAACAAUCUUUCUUCAUUUAAAGCCUUGUUUAUCUGCUUGAAUCUGCCUCCAGAAAAUGUAAUGAUCAAUUGUAAAUUGUACUGCUUAAAGGAAUAUAGCACAACUGCAUCUGUGGUGCCAUCAAUAAAUCCUAGCAUUGACUUGCA